AUGGCUAGCAAGUAUCGCCAGCGCCUUGCUCAGAGCAGCGGCGUGAGUAGCUCGAGGGCGUUUGAGUCAGACAUUGGCAAGAAGAUCCUGAUGAAGUACGGCUGGAGCGAAGGACAGGGAUUGGGUCGGCUGAAGAAUGGACGCACCGAGUGCAUCCAGGCCGAGAGGCGCGAGGACAAGAAAGGCCUCGGCAUUACGAAGCGAAAAUCCGAGGAGCAGUGGGACAACUGGUGGGCAGAUUGCUUCAACAGCGUGGCAAAGUCGAUCUCAGUGAAGGCAGGGGCCGAAUCACCGCAGAAGGCAAGCGAGUCGAGCGACAGCAGUGACGAGGAUGCUGACAAGAAGGAGGGAGGGCGAGUUACGGCUGUGAAGAAGGCCGGCGCCAUGGCCGGAAAGUUGCGCCGCGUCUUGCGGCAGGACAGUAGGCCAGCCAUAUAA